AUGGCAGACAAUGGCAAGUCGCCAACCGACAUCAUCACCUAUAUCGGUGUGCCGUUGGCAGUCUUGGGAGUUCUCCCAAUUCUGUACAACACGCUCUCCACGCUCAUCUCGCUCUCCAAGAUAAAGCGCAUGCUGCGUCAUAGUCGUCUGACAGCACUUACACGCAGUGAUAUCGUCAAUAGAGUCAUCGAGAUAGAGCUCCCGCGCUAUGCUGUCAUGCCGCUGGACAGAUUCCAGGAUCGUUCAGAGUAUUGGACUCUGUCGCGUCAUCCCAGCUCGAUCCCUGGCGGUAGUUGGACCACCUUCAACUGGAAGACUCACUCGAUUGGUAUGAAGACUCAGCGGGUUGAGUACGCUGAUCAAGUACGACAGCCUCAAGUCGAGGUUGCCUUCGAUGAGCUUGUUUGUUACCUUCUCGAUCUUGGCGCUGUCCCGAAUCCCCAUGGAUGGAAGUUACUGAGAUCGUCUGGACUUUGGACACCUGUAGGAUGUUGUUUGAUGAUGUCUCCCGAAGGUCGGCAAGACGCGCUAACAAUCGCUCCGUCAAACGAUUCCGAUGGCAAUCUCUCCUUGACUGUUGCCUGGUCUAGUUCUUGGAUCACAAGAGACUAUUCUAACUUGCCGCCAUACUGGGUCCGAUUGCCCUCACCACCUCAGAAAGACAAUAUCAACGAGCCUGGAAGCGUGUCAGAGGUUCCAGAGCACUCAGCUCGGAACUCAGAGGACGGGCUAACAACAGGGAAGGAUCGGGAGGUUGAGUCACGGCCGGGAACUAAUCAAGCUUCCACACAAUCGAGUGCAAUCACCUGUCAGAUUUCCAUGUCAGGGCUUGUCACUGCCCUGACCGAACAAGACCAUUAUGGUGCCCAGACGACUCUGAACCUAGAAAGCCUUUACAUCGACCAUCUGCGAAUUCAGCCUGCCAAAUCUGACGGUGUCUGGUUUUCCAGCGCAGCCACCGCUUUCGGAACAUCUAGUCAGACCAUUCUCUGGAACUACAAGAUCCCAGACGAUAUUCUGUCCUUUGCACGGAAGGAGACAGUGCCCUGCGGAGUGUUGGUAGUCCUAGGCAUCGUUGACGAAUCUGAGACACCAACAUGGGCGACCAGGUAUGAUGAUCAUGGGACAGACAUUCACAAGUUUGCGCGAAAGUCUCAAGAGCAACGGGCUGCGAUAGCUGCAGAAGCACUAUUACCUCCUGCUCAGCGUCAAGCGGCAGUACAGGCUCGGAUGCAAAAGGAGACGCAGGAGCGGAUGGAUGAGAUGCGCGAGAGACACAGAACAAGCCAGUUGAGACGCGACCAGCGCAUGAUGGAAGCCCUACGCAGCCCCAAAUGGGACACAAAGCUUGUUGCUGAGCAUUGCCUACGAUGGCUCCAAGGGAAGGGUCAUUGGGAUGAAUCGCUCACUGUGAAGGAUGUCGUCGGCUUCAUGUUACAUCGCAUGGUUUUGGACGGGGAGUUCGCAGCUGAUAUUUGCCGGAUGCUGGACAAGUGGAAGGCUUGGGCUGAUGUCGGAGGUAUGAAACAGUCUGACUACCAGGCAGUUCAAGAUGAUCAAGUUGACUUUGCACAUGCGUCGUUAUUAGUGGCUAUGAUUCGAGAUACAUCUACUGCUUUGGAGGGAACUGUGUCUAUGGAUUUGCAGGAAUGCUUGAGGAUGUGGAGAAAGGUUCGACUUGGAUAG